AUGACACACAAAAAACCUCCUAACAUCUCGGCUGCAGGGAAGGAGCCGCUGGUUACCAAGAAAGUCUACUUCGACAUCGAGAUCGGCGGCCAGGAGGCAGGCCGUGUCGUCAUGGGGCUGUUCGGCGAAAUCGCGCCUAAGACGGUGGCGAACUUUGAACAGCUGACGACUCACGAGCCGGGUUACAAGGGUAGUGUCUUCCAUAGGAUCAUCAAAGACUUCAUGAUCCAAGGUGGUGACAUCACCAAAGAGGAUGGGACAGGUGGUAUGUCCAUAUAUGGUGAAAAAAUCGCAGAUGAGAACGUCAUGCUGCCCCUCACAGAACCUGGGCUGCUCGGAUUGACUAAUGCAGGUAAGGACACCAACGAUUCGCAGUUCUUCAUCACCACCGUCCCCACGUCGUGGCUGAACGGUCGCCAUGUCGUGUUCGGGAAGGUGCUUGAGGGGAUGGACGUGGUGCACAAGAUCGAGAACAGUCCAGUGGUCGGAAAUCGUCCCGAGAAAGCGUGCGUGAUCGCGGACUGUGGGACAAUAGUGGUGGACAUACCGUUCUCUAUCGAGUGA